GUCGCAGCACACGUGUUAUUCGGCCCCUGAAAUGGAGAGAUGUUCAAGGCUCAAAGGACUACGGCGUAUGCGUGGUAUGUUCAAAGGCCAAAGACAUGGUCACAUCUCCGGUAGGCAUCAGAUUUGGCAGUGCUUCAACGGGUCGGUAUUUUCAGGUGAUGGCCACAAUUGAAGCCUUGCAGUUGGACUAUGGUAAAUCUUGGAUAUGGCUGCCUCUCCUGCUCUGUGCAUUGCUUGCUGCAUGUCAUGAUGGGGCUCGUUCGAGGCAUCCACUGUGGUCUAUUGAGUUGUUGUGCCAUAUGCGGGAACUCAUCAUGUGCCUGAUGAAACCAAGGUAUGUCCCUCGCCUGUCAGCCAAGCAGUGGCAAGCACUCAGUCAUCGAGCCUGACAUAGACUUCAGGCCCUCUUGAGUCUUGGUGCAUGCAGUAUUGCUAAUGCUGUUGCUGCUUCUAUUUGUCACUGGCUCUGUCGUCAUCCUGAGUCACGUGUAGAUGUUGACAUAAGCGGGCAAGAUCUAAUGUAGAUGCC